UAUUGUUCUACCUCUUAACUGGGUCUGCUGCACCUGCUGUUGUCCCUAAUGCAAAUCCACUGGAUCUCUUCUCACAGGUAGCUAUUGUUCUACCUCUUAACUUUUGAAUUCUUCCCUCAGAUAGAUGCUCCUUUGAAGUUUGAAUUGUAUUUUAUGAUCAGCUAAUUAAUAAAAUAUAUUACUAUUCUUGAAUCAGGGCCUACCAAAUAUGGGUGCAAAUGCUGGUGCUGGCAAUUUGGAUUUUCUUCGAAACAGUCAACAGUUACAAGCAUUGCGAGCUAUGGUGCAAGCAAACCCUCAAAUUCAGCAGCCAAUGCUUCAAGAGCUAGGGAAACAAAAUCCACAUCUUGUGCAUCUCAUACAAGAGCCUCAGGCUGACUUUUUGCGCCUGAUAAAUGAACCUGUCGAGGGAGGAGAAGGGAACGUUCUGAGCCUGAUGGCUUCAGCCAUGCCACAGGCUAUGACUGUAACUCCUGAGGAGCGGGUAGCCAUUGAACGUGUAUGUUUCUAAUCUUUGUUUAACCUCUGUGUAGUCCCUCUCUUGUUUGUGCUUUUAUCCAAGAGUCAAGAUGGCUACUCAAGAACAUUUAUUGCAUUUUUUUUAUUCUUAAACAUAUAAUUUAGACGGUUGAAACCUUUA